GGAGUUAGCCAACGUUUAUUUUAAUGUUGACCGGAUGUGUAAUUGUUGUGAUUUUGACAGAUAUACUACUAAAAGUAUUAUCAGAAUUGCUGACGUCUSUUAAGAUAUUUCAUAUUUACUGAAUGUUAGCACGAGUUAAACGGACAACGUGCGGCUGAUGAAGGUUAGUUUUACUGGUAACAUAUUGGUUUAAUAGCCGCGGAGGCUAAAGUCCACCAGUUUCAGUCAGGCGUCUCAAGCUAACGCGAGUUAGCUUUAGAAGAUGUUAGUAUUGAAGCCAACUGUUUUUGUGUUAACGUUUUGUAGUCAUCCUGCUUCACACUCUGGUAGGAAUGGAUGCUACUCAGGCGAUCAGUGACUCAAUUUUAGAGUCUGACGAGGAAGAAAACAUAGAAGAGAAUCAAAAUAAGAGAGGAAGACAACUGGCUAAACUUUGCAUCUUAAAAAACCCACACCUCCCUGAGACAGAGUUGCCCCUCUUUUUGGGAGAUAACAUUCUGGGCCGUGACCCAAGUGUCUGCUCACUACCACUGCCUGCUUCCUCAGUGUCCAAGCAACACGCCACCAUCUGCAUCUCUGUUUACARAAGAAGAGGUUUCCACAAUGACGUGGACAUGGAGGCUUUGGUUUGGGACCUAGGCAGCAUGAACGGGACCCGUAAGGGACGGCUUAAACUGACCCCUAACGUCCGCUAUGCCCUCAGUGAAGGCGACAGCUUAGUUUUAGCAGACAUCCCGUGCCAGUAUGUGAGCUGCAGUGCACGUUCAGUUUCUUCCCAAGAUGACAUGAAAACUCCAGGGAGCAGAAAUUCAAGAAUAAAGACAGUGUUGCUGGAUGGUUUGGGAGCUGCUGACAGAGUCGGUACGAAAUGUGUCAAUGGUGGAACGGGGACGAAGAAGAGCUCGGUCAGAGGCAGCUGUCUGUCCUUUGAGCAAACGCCGACGCAACCUCAGGGGAGCCUGGUCCCAGAUUCUGACUCAGACUCAGGCAGUGAAAGAGGAGGGAGAGGAGACCGAAGACAGAAGACACAAGUGUCUGAUUCUGACUCCCAUAAAUCCAGUCCCAACUCUUCAGGAUUCCUAAGUCCCCCAAACAAAACCGUCCCUGAAAGUGAGGAUGAAAGUCCCAUCACGCCGUCCUCCUCUGCUAACUCAAACAGACGCGUCAGCCUCAGCACUGAAAAGAGCGGCGUCGAAGUGGAGCGACGGCACCUGGAGAAAAACUGGUCGCCUGGGUUUGUGGAAAACAGCGGAGAGGAGGAGGAAGAAGAAAAAGCUGCAGGAUUUGGGAGAAAUACUAAAGAAAGUGGUCAAGAUGUGAAACAGGAAAGGAAUGCRAGUUUAACAGAAGAUGAAUCGCUUGUGUGGACUCCAGGAGUCGUUCCUGCCUUUAACAUGGACAGUGACACGGAUGAGGAGGGAGAGGGAAGACCUGCUGAUCCACCAGUAAACACAGCCCCGUUCCACAUGGACAGUGAUACCGAUGUUGAUGAAGAUAUUUCAGACAAGUCUCCUAAAACUGUGUCUGAUGAAGCUGUCAAACCCACUGAUGUUGUGUCAGGUGUUCAGCCUGAUGACAGUGACACUGAUGUGGAUGAUGCUGCUGUGUCAGAAGCCAUCAUCUCAGCCAAAGCCACAUCAGCUCAGGCUGACUCUGAUUCUUCGAGAGGUUUCCACUUAGACAGUGACACGGACGUUGAAGAGGAAACAGCAGGACGAGGAACAAAAAACGACUCUGAAACUGAUGAAAUGCCUGAUGUGUCCGGAUCUGUUCCCACUGCUGCUCCUCUUAGUCUUGAUCCAGAAACAAAAACUGAACCUGUCUGUGGUCCUGCAGCUGGUGACCCCUCAGGAUCCCUCACCUGUCCAGCUGCAGCAGCUGAUCUGGACAUUGUAUCUGACAGUGACACAGAUGCAGAGGAGCAGAAUGUUGGACAUCUAGAUGUCCCAAACGUGUCUGGUAAAAUGUCCGGAUCUGAUGUGGACCCAGAUUUAGAUGAGCCCGGUGCUGGAGAUGGGGCGAAUCCAGCUGAGCUCGGAGGGAACAGUGAUACUGACGUGGAGGAGGAGGAGGAGGCAAAUAUCGGYGAGGAGGAAGAAGUUGAAAACAUGGAGACUCAGGCCUUCAUAAGCCCCUGUUCUGUUACUUUUGGACGACUUAAAGCAUCUGCUUUAACACUCAUAGUUCCGUCUUCCUGCUCAGACAGCCAGGAGGAUGAAGACUACGCUGUGGCUGAGACACAGUCGUUYCUUCUUCAGACCAGAGAUCAGCAGGCGGGGCUGCACCCAAACUCAGCGUCAGGACUCCAGUCUAAACCAGAUGACCGGUCCAACAGAGCGGACUCCUUCCAGCUGGGGUUGUCUGACAGCAGCCACCUGCAGAGUCAGGAGAGCACCCAGGUGUUUGAGUCAGUGGGAGGAAGAGGAGGAGGAGGAGGAGGAGUAAACCUGGAGGAGACCCAGGCUUAUAUCUCAGCUGCUUAUGAAGCAUCUGCAGAGAACGACCCCAGCCUGGAGGAAACRCAGCCUUAUGAGGAGAACCAGGAGCUUGUUAAAGAUUCUGAGAAAGAAGACUGUGCUAAUUUGGCCUUUGAAGCGACUCAGGCUUAUGUUUCAGAGCCUUACGGUGAUCCAGAGGAAGAUUCAGACGAUAAGAGACAAAAUGCAGCACAGGCUCAGAYUGCAGACUUCACACAUCGCUCGUCUACGCUCGCUGUGGCUGAAACCCAACCAGUGCUUUUUUCUGAGGAGGAAAGAUUAGAAACAAGUAAUUCUAUUUAUUCUGCUCACGUUAAACCCAGAACACAAACUGAAACAAAGGAAAAGAUCCUCUCUGAAGCAGUUUUUAUAGCUGAAACUCAGCCCGUGUGUACAGGUGACAACAAAGACGAUGAUGAAGACUUCUCACCGGAGCAUGAAGAGAAACAAACGCAGCCUUCUACUUGUUCAGCCUCAUCAUUAGCUGAAACCCAGCCCAUACAUGUCAGUGUUGCUGAAACUCAGCCGAUGCUUAUAGAUGAAGAUGACGAGUACUCGAUGCCGCUCACGCGAAAAAGAAAAGCUAAGCAGCUUCAUCUUGAAGAAGAGGAGUCUGAUCAGCUGACAGAUUCUAAUGCCUGCGUUGAACAAACCCAGCCCAUUGUAGCAAGUGAUGAAGAUGAUGAAGAUGGUUCAGUGCCAGGCCCACGUAAAAGAAAAGCAAAACCUCUGCAGCUGGAAGACGAGACACAGUCACAGGGUAAUUCGGCCGUUGAAUCCCAACGUGAGGGCAAGCCGAGCGAUGAGGAGAGCUUCAUUCCUCGGAAGAGAAAAGCAAAACCUCUGCCGGUGGAAGAGGAGCAGACUCAGCCUCUGGUUGGUUCUCAAGUGUCUGGUGUUUCAUCUCAGCCAGAAGUUAGAGGUGAGGAAGAGGAGAACGAUAGCGAAGUCUUGGUUCUUCCACGGAAAAGAAAAGUGAAGCAGCUUCAUCUGGAAGACGAGACACAGCAGCUUACCAGUUCUGAAUUCUCCUCUGCUGAAAUCCAACCUGACACAGCUGCAAAUCCACAAACAGGAGAAACACAUGAAGGGCAGACACAAGCUCUCACUUCUACUGACGUCUCUGCUGUAGAAGCUCAGCUGAUCAAGAGAGACGAGAAGAGUGAGGAGGAUUCGAUUCUGGGUCCACAAGCAGAAAAGCAGCCCCAAYCUGAUGAGACAGAACCAUCAACAAAUUCUGACAUCCUUUCAACUGGAACUCUCCCAAAAACAGAUGAAACAGACCAGUCUGGCACUUCAAAAUCAAGACAGACAAAGGUAAAAUUAGUGCAAGAAAAAAAGGAGGUAGAGUGUUYGGUACCUCCAAAGAGACCUACAAGAAAGGAAAGUACACUUCCAAAAACAAGAGGAAGGAGAGGAAAGGCAGAGGAUGAUAACGGCGAGGAAGAGCUAAAGCAAGAAAGAGGCAGGAUUAAUGCAAGGCUGCAAAAAGAUGAAGAGGAAAAAGAGAUGGGUGAUGGAGAAAGACAAGAGGAGACGGGGAUGUUGCGGACRACGGGAAAACUACAAAAAGGAAAAGCAAAAAAAGAAAUGGAAGGUGCCAAGAGAAUAAAACCAGAUGUACAGAGUGUAGAAAAGGAUGGAACGAGGAGUGAAGGAGCGACAGAGGAGGAACAUAAAGUGAGACUUGAGAGGGAGAAGGAGCAAGAACACCAAACAGAGCCUCAGACAGAAAAAGAAGCAAAAGAAAAGCAACUGCAGGGCGAGGAAGAGAAGCCGAAAKUUCCCGCAAAAGGCCGAAGGUCAACGAGAAAAACAACCGCCGGUCCUGCUGCUGAGCUGGAGACRAACUCGUCCGUUUCAACCAGCGAAGACUUCCCAGCCAGGAGAACCCGGUCUCGCUCCAACUCGUCCAACUCCAUCAGCUCCGAGAGGUCUGCUUCCAGCGCCGGCACCAGGGUGGGCCGAGGAAGAGGAGGAAAGAGAGAGCUGCUCCAGACACCCGUCAGCAGGAGCAGCCGGCGGAGGGUGACGGUGGCCGUAAUACCCGUGGAGCAGAACUCCUGCAGCUCAGAGGUGUCCAGCUGCAGAGCGAGGGGGGGUCGGCAGCAAGGAAGAGGGAGGAGGAAAAUAUUAUCUGAUGCAUCCUCAUCUGAAACUCUGCAGAACAAUUACAUAAAAGUGUCACACUCUCCACGGGCUGCUACCAGUAGGGGGCAGCAGAAGGUCGAUGCAAAUGAAUCMAAACCUUCAGUUUUAAACAAUGAGGACCAGUCAAGCCCAGAAAAAUCACCUCCUCCUAAAAGAAAUGUCAGGGGCAGAGGUCAAAAAGCUGUAAGGACUGAAAACGUGGAGGAACACGUAGCUCCUGUCAGUAAUGCUGAUGAAGGAAGAAACAGRAGARACAGAAAAAAGACCGYGUCRGAGACGAAUCCAAACGUAGAUGGUAAAGUUUCCAAAGACGGUGUGCAAAAAACAUCAGAAGAAAAAGAGAAAGAUGAGCAAGAGCAUAAAAUUCCUGCAACUGUCCAGGUGAGGAGAACAGGUAGAGCUUCCAGCGCUCAAACAAAUAAGAGUGUAAAAGAACCUCCUCCUGAAGAGGAGGUAAAAGAUGGUGAUCAGAAGAAGGUGGAGGCGGCUGAGAAGAAAACCAGAGKUCGGACGCCGGUGGUCCAGAAAAGUAAAAAAGAGGAGCUGAAGGAAGCUGCGUCUUCCGCAAAACAGACGGCAAAGGUGGACRCAUCAAAGCAGCCUCAAACACCGACCAGUAAUGUUUCCCGGAAGCGACAGGCCUCCUCGGACUCCUCUCCUUUGGCAAAGUCUCCUCGCUCCUCGUCUGGCUCCCCAGCAGCGAGUGCUCGACUUCGGGCUGGGAGCAAAGCCUACAAGGUGCUGUUCACGGGGGUCGUGGAUGAAACAGGGGAGCGAGUGUUGACUCGAUUAGGAGGYAGCAUGGCUAAAGGCGUGGUGGACAUGAACUGUCUGGUGACAGAUAAAGUGCGGAGGACAGUUAAGUUCCUGUGUGCCGUGGCCAAAGGURUCYCUGUCGUCACCACGGACUGGCUGGAAAAGAGUGGUAAAGCUGGAAGCUUCCUUUCUCCUCAUGCUUUUAUUGUGAAAGAUCCAGAGCAGGAGAAGAAGUUCAGUUUUUGYCUGCAGGACUCUCUGGAGACGGCCAGGAGUCAGCCUCUCUUGCAGGGAUAUGAGAUCCAUGUCACUAAGUCGGUGAAGCCAGAGCCAGUCCACAUGAAAGAAAUCGUUUGCUGCAGCGGAGCCGUCUUUCUACCAAAGAUGCCCUCGUCUCAUAAGCCUCAGACUGUAGUGAUUUCCUGCGAGGAGGACUGGCGACUGUGUGGCCCCGCCGUGUCUGCAUCGCUCCCCGUCGUCACCGCCGAGUUCCUUCUCACGGGGAUCCUGCAGCAGAAACUUGACUUUCAGACCCACGCACUUCCUCCUGCAGCUAACUGCCAACCUGCAGGGGACAGAGGACGGUCCAAGAGGAAGACUUAGAACGAGAUAUCAGGCCAGAUUAAAAUCAGAGACCGAUAGGAACACUUGUGAGUCUACUGUUUGUAAAAACGCUACAAGAUACCAUUCUUCCCUUUAAUGCAAACACACUCUUUUAUGCUUUUUUUUUUUUUAGCUGACAAAUAUUUACAGCUUAUUUUCACACACGAGUCUAAUGUCAGCUCAGCAGUUUUGUACGGAUGCUCUCUGUCUCAUAAAUUUUAUCACGCUCUGAUGUUUCAUCUUAUAAACCUGAAACAACGGUGACGUUAUUUCUUCUCAGGCAACAAACAGAGUAGUUUAUCAGGUUCAGUUUAUCUGUUUAAAUCAUGUGUGUGUGUUAGAACAGUUUAAAUCCAUUUUGCUUCAACGGUCAGCAAAUGUAAGAAGCAACAAGCCUUCCUGACAAAAAAAAAAAAAAGAAACAUGCAUAGUGCCUUUUAUACUGAGGCGAUCGUGAACUCAAAGGUGUGUCUGUUGCUCCUUUUCUCCAUUAAGCAGCUCCACUCCAUUAGAGCAUCAUUCAAUCUCAUUGCCUUGAGGGAGAGUUACACUCAGCCAUCAGCAUCUGACUGYUGAUGCUGCUUCCACAUCAAGAUUUUAUCCUGUCUAUUAUGUCUGUUGAUACUGCCUCUUCACUUUGUGUAUACAGGAGAAAAUAGACCCCCACACAGAAGUCACAUUAGGUUUUACUUGAAGCAAAUACUAAUACGUUUAUAGUGUGUCAACAGUCUUUUACCUUGUUGCCCCAGCAUGUGAAAUAAUAAAAUCAUGAAAAUAUUAAACAUAUUCUUUCAACUGGAA